CCCGCGGUGGUGGACAGUGACUGCUGUGGCGCUGCAGACGACAGUGAGAUAGUAAACAGCCAUGGAUGAGGGUAUGCUAGAAGAGGGCCCUCCUCAACCUGACACCUCUGUAUCUCUGGACACCGCAGUCUUUGUCUUCUCCCUGUUUGACACCGGAGCCUUGCUGUUUCUUCUAGUCUACUAUGUGAUCACUCUCUCAGACCUGGAGUGUGACUACCUCAAUGCUCAGCAGUGCUGCUACAGACUCAAUUUAUGGGUGAUUCCCAAGCUGGCUGCCCACCUACUGCUCUCCUUAGUAUUCCUGCUAACGGGACACUUCUAUCUGUUCCUGGCCUCUCUGCCCCUCGCUGCAUUCCUUGUCCGCGAGUAUGUCAAGGUGCCAGCUGGGAACUUUGGUGUGUAUGACCCAACAGAAAUCCACCGCAUGGGUCAGCUCAAGGCUCACAUGAGGGACUCAGUCAUUGGUAUGGGCUACUACUUGGUCUUCUUCUUCAUUUAUCUAUACUGCCUGCUGACCCACCUCCUGCGCUCCAACCCAGUCCCCAAGCCAGACUACGCUGAUGACAUUGGGUUGUAAUUCUGCAUAGGCAAUGACUGGUGUGAAGUGUGCAGAAUUGUGCAUGAAGGGUGUCCAUGUUUUAAUUUUAAGUGACAACUGCUGUGGUUAAGGGGAGGGAGGUUCUGUCAUAGGAUUGUUUGAAUCUGCAUGUAUGUGUUUUGUACUUAAUCUGAUUUUUUUGAUUGAUAUUAACUUACUAGGCCUUUUUUGUGAAGGUAUUUAUUUUUGUACUUUCCAAGAAAACUUGGAAUGAUGUGAUUUGUAAUGAAGUGGGAGAUAAAGGCUUGUGCAGUGCAGGAUGCUAAUGAACACAUUGCCAGACAGGUUGUCACCAAGUGGAUGCAGCCAAAACACAAGUAGGUAUGAAGCCUUUGUAAAUGACUGUGUUGAUGAUCUUCAUAGCUAUUAAAAGACUGAGGAUGUUUCAGUCACUCAUGUUGUACUAAUAUAUCAACAUUUUCAUUAUACAGGGAGUUGUUCAUCUCGAUUGAUAAUGUGAAAAGACAAAGCUUCCAUCACAAAAAACAAUUCAAGUCUGGUAUAGACAAUGGUAUGUACAUUUUUUCUUGAAUGUAGCCUCCACCACAACACAGCUCAUGAGAAGUACUAAAACUCAGAAUGACUAAAUGUACCUUCUUAUUGUUAUUGUUUGUUUCUACACUGGUAAAAUGAUAAUGUUCUGUUAAUCCUGAUUCUAGUAUGUUGUUUAUUGCCAAAGUCGUAACAUAUGUGUUUCAAAAUAUUUUCAUCAACUUCCUCAUUGGAAAGUGUGUGUGUGUGUGUGUGUGUGUGCUGAUUGUGAUAACGAGAUGAAGCUUAAAUUAACAAAAAUGUCUCGUGAAACUACAGUAUUAAAGUUAGCUUGUAUAUCUGAUGGGGAAUAGAAGCCAUCAUUAGUAGAGGUUGUGGUCCUGGGCUUUAGGGAAAUCUUUACUUGUGAAUCAGCUCCAAAGAAAUUAGAUGAUUUUUAUGUAAGUGCUGUACACUGCAUUACCACUUUGGUGGAAUUUUUGCAUCUUAUGCUAUUUUAUUGUCCUGUGGACAGUGUAAUAUUUAACUCAAGUAAAUACAGUUAUAAGGUUCCGAGUGACAUUGCUUCCUAGCAGCCUUGUGUUCCUUCUCAGGGAUGACUUUUGCCUGAGAGCUUCAGAAAUUAAGGUUUUAUAUUUACAUUUGAUAUCACAAAAGUUUUGUCUUACUGGUGGGUGAUGCUCAGUGGAAAGUGGACGUGUCUUUAUUCAUAUUCUCUUGAGUUUAAAGUCACUUUCUUUGUUUUCUCAAUGUGAAAAUUGACUAGAUGAUUUCUCAAGUUUAUCCUGUCAUGUGAUAAGAAUAUUGGCAUCUUGCCCUUGAUAAAGUUGUGUCGGCCAGGUGUAUAUGUUUUAUGGCCAUGUCAAAGUUCAUUCCGUAGACACGGCUGUUGAGUCAUAAGGUUCAUUUGUGGACUACCAAAGAAAACAUUUAUGAAUACAUGUGACUAGGCCAGCUGUGAGAUGUAAAGAAUGCUUGAGUAAACACUGACUGUGUAUAAAGUAGGUACAUUGUUUUAAUGUAGCCAAAUAGCCUUUUUACAUAGCCUUUUCUCUCCUUUUAGUUAUUCAAGAGUGUAAGUAAAAGCUUAAGCAAGUGUUAAAAGGUGAUAAUCAGUAUCUGAAUAAUCUUUUUAAUUGAUGUUUAGACUGCCUAUUGAACAAAGCUAAUGACAUGCAUCAAUGAAAUGUAAAGAAAAGAAUUGGUUUGGGCAUUACUGUUUAUUGUUUUAUCUCUUCAAAAAAAUGUACACUUAAGAGGCUCUUUUAAAGUCAUAUUUUCUCAAUUGAUAGUAAUAAAUAUAUAAGUAUAAAAGUAUGGAUGCUUAGUUCAAUGACAAAGCUUGCAACAUCUGGAAAAACAAAAUGGGGAAAGUUUCAGCAACCAAGUCACUGUUAGAGAUUCUGACAUGCAAAAAACAUGGUGGUUAUCAAAAGUCUGGCAUGGGAGAGCAGAAGAAUGAGAUGAAGAAAAUUUUGAGUGUGAUAUUACUUUAGGUGAGAAUAUGCAUAGGUAGCUAAUUUAAUUUAAAUAACAGCACAACUACAUGUUAGUAUGCCAUGCAUGAAUUAUAUCACCAUACCAACAAAUGUAAAGCACAGGAAUUUGUGGUUCAUGUUACAAUGGAUAAUAAAUAGAGAGAAUUAGGUCUAAGCAACUCAACCAAGCAAUGGCCACAUAUUAUGUAUGGUGUCCAUUAGAAUAAUGAACAAAUGUAAUCUGUGAUUUGCAGUUUUCUGCACAAACUAAAUGAAUUUAUUUGAAUAAAUGUCAUUGAUGGAGUUUCCUACUUUAAUAAAAUAAUAUUAAUAUCUUAGAACUUUUUAGUGUAUAAUUGUGUAAAAGUUUAAAAUUUAAAUAUUUAAACAUUUUGUUACAAUUUUUAUUCAGAGUAAACUGAAGCAAUAGUCACUGUUGCUUUUUAUAUAAAUAGCUAAGUAGAUGCCACAAAUGAUUUAAUAAUGUAGCAUGAAAACCUGAAGGAACAUGUUGCUGUACCUGCUACUGUAUACAAGAUUACGUGCAAUGUAAUUUACAAAAUAAAUUAUACAGUAUU